AUGCAGGCAGAUGAAUGCAUACUGUUCUUUGCCAUUCUGGCCCCUCCUACAUUCUCCCCUGCAUCUGCAAGCCAACCGCCUGAGCCCGCCAUACACCUUAUCAAGAUGAGCAAUCUGUCACCCAUGCCACUGACCGAUCAGAUAGCAGGAGUCUUGGAGCUCAUGUUCCGCCAAAAGCUCCAUCUGGCCACUCAUGCAGCCCAUUCUGCGCCAUCUAUAGAAGUGCCUCCGUCCAUGCCAUCUGCCCUCCUAUUAGAGUGCAAUGGCAUUGCAGAUGCUCUUGUGAAGGCCAUCCGUAAUCCUGUAAGGCUGCAGUGGGACAUUGAUAGAUAUUGCGACAGCCUUUCAAUUCAGCCCACGGGGCAGAAUGAAGUUCUCGAGGCAGAACUGGAACGGAAGUGGCCUCCUCCAUUUGGUGAGAGCAAAAUACGCAUAGACCAGCCCGCCACCCUCGUGGACAUGCAUGGACACAUCUUGGCUUGGAUACUUCCAAGAGUGUUGAUACCAGACCGCCAGACGAAGAUGCUCCAAGCGACCAGGGCCCUACACCUAGCAAUAGCAGCCAGUAAGCCUUCCAGCACCACCGCCAGUUGGCGACACAACCCGUUGUACUUCUUGCCUCCUGAGGAGUGUGCCCAAUUCCCAGCGGGCUCCUUGUGUCUCUCGCCAGGUUGGUUCCAACAAGUAAGAGAGCAUAUGGAGUCUGGGAGGCUGGAGACCUCCGCCAGCCUGAAGCUUGAGGGCGGAAGAAGUUGGCUGCGUGAUAUUCAUGACUCCUCUGCAUUGCUGGGCGCCAUCCUGGCCGUCGUUCACCCAACACUAUAUGCCGCAGGACGCCAGUACUUGGGUUUGAUCCAGCAAGACCCAGAAUUGCGAGAGAUGGUGCUGAACUGGUCGUCACCAUUCAAUGCACUCCAGGUGAUCGCCAACCGGGAAACUCCUUUCCACCGAGAUAGCAAGACAAGAUACACGUUCUAUGACCUGUUGGCGACGUUGGGCAACUACACUUGCACGUGGUUGAAGUUCCCCGCCAUGCGUGUCGCCAUCGAUUAUAGUCCUGGAACUGUCAUAGCCUUCUGUGGAAAGGCGAUUCAUCAUGGCGUCACUCGAGCAGAUGGCGAAAGGCUCAUCUAUGCAUACUUCAUGCGAGAGGGUGUCCAGAACAGACUAGGCAUUCUGGCACCCCACUGGAUGCAAGCUUCAUAUUACGCCUCACACAUUGGCAUGUGCACAGUUCAUCACCGAAGGGACAUCAUGCCAAAGACUGAUGGAGAUGAGAACACUAUGCAGGGGAUGGAGACUGUCGAUGGCAGCUUCAUUGGCAGGACAAAGUUGGCGGAGGUGAUGGCGAAAUGUAUGGAGUCACAAAUUUCCGAAUCCUAG